AUGGUGGAGACGCUGAGUAUCGCCGUUAUCGGUGCUCCCGGAGUGGGCAAAACUUCUAUCAUCCGCCAGUUCAUCUACAAUGACUUCUCCGAGGCGUACAGCCCGACCCGGACCAGAUACGUGUACAGACCUUCCGUCAUACUCAACGGCAACAUGUACGAGCUGAAGAUUUUAGACGUCCCGCCAAUUUCCUCUUUCCCCUCCAGCUCUAGUCAGGAGUGGCUGGAUUUACGCUGCAGAGGGGUUCGCAAUGCAAAUGCCUACAUCCUAGUCUAUGACAUCUGCUGUGUGGAGAGCUUUGAAUAUGUCAAAAUGAUCAGACAGCAGAUAGUGGAGCACAGGUAUGGCAGUAGCAGUGAGGUACCAAUCCUGGUGGUUGGCAGCAAGAGGGAUCUGCAGCGGCAGCGCUUCACCCCUCGCCGAGCGGUCUCUGUGCUGGUGAAGAAGACCUGGAAGUGCGGCUACGUGGAAUGUUCCGCCAAGUUCAACUGGCACGUGAUCCUGCUUUUCAAAGAGCUGCUGGGCAUUGCUGUGGCGCGAGGCAUGCGCCAGAACCACACGUCCAUCCGCCUACAGGGGGCCUUGCAGAGAAACCGCUGUACUGUCAUGUGA